UGUAAAUGUCAGUUCAAAGGAUAUUGCUUACCUUUUCAAGUGUUUAUUUAUAAUUCUUUAAAAUAAACUUGUGUUUGUUAUUGUUACAGUGUAAAUUGUUAUCCUUUGAAUUUCUAAUACCACUUCAUCAAUUUCACAUAUUCAGACCUGCAUUCGAUGCUGGAAGUAAAAGAUGAGCAGCCAACAUCAGUAUAUGACGGUGAACAACUCCCCCAGCACCAGGGUUGGAGAUAUUGAACAUAUAAGCCAUCUGUCGGAGCAUAUUGGGUCUCUGUGCCUAUCCUCAGAGUACUCAGAUGUGACUCUGAUAGUAGAGGGUCAGAGGAUCCCUGCCCACAAGGUGAUCCUUGCGGCCAGCAGUGAUUACUUCAGAGCUCUGCUGUAUGGAGGCAUGAGAGAAGCCAACCAGGCUGAAGUAGAACUGCAAGCACCUCUCCAGGCCUUUAAAGCAUUGUUACGAUAUGUUUAUUCCGGGCACAUGGGGCUGUCGCUGCUGCGUGAGGACACAGUGCUGGAUAUGCUGGGUUUGGCGCACCAGUUCAACUUCCAGGAGCUGGAGUCUGCUAUCUCAGACUAUCUGCGACAGGUGCUCGCGCUCAGGAAUGUCUGUGCAGUACUCGACGCCGCCAGACUGUAUGGAUUGGAGGCUCUGAUGGACUACUGCUACAACUUCCUGGACAGGAACGCCACUGAGGUGUUGCAGCAUGACUCCUUUCUACAGCUGUCUGUUGAAGCGCUGCAAGGUCUACUGGAGCGCGACUCGUUCUUCGCGCCCGAGGUGGACAUAUUUAAGGCGGUCUGCAACUGGUUCACCGCCAACCAGCAAUGGGUCAAGUCAGACAGUGGCAUGAUGCAAGUUGAGAAGAUCCUGAAGUGCGUGCGUCUGACGCUGAUGUCGCUGGAGGAGCUGCUGACGGCGGUGCGGCCGGUGGCGCUCGUCACUCCCGACAUGUUGCUGGACGCCAUCCACGACAAGACGCAGACCAAGAGCACCGACCUGCCGCAUCGCGGCUUCCUAUUGCCGGAGGAGAACGUGGCGACGGCGAAGCGCGGCGCGCGCGUGGUGUCGGGCGACAUGAGGUCGGCGCUGCUGGACGGAGACGUGGACAACUACGACAUGGAGCGCGGCUACACGCGACACACCAUCAGCGAGGCGGCCGACAACCCCGGCAUCACCGUGCGCCUCGCCACGCCCACCAUCCUCAACCAUCUGCGGCUGCUGCUCUGGGACCGCGACCACAGGUCGUACGCGUACUACAUCGAGGUGUCGGUGGACCAGCAGGACUGGGUGCGGGUGAUCGACCACAGCAACUACUUCUGCCGAUCCUGGCAGAACCUGUACUUCGAGGCCAGGGUCGUCCAGUACAUCAAGAUAGUCGGCACUAGCAACACUGUUAAUAAGGUGUUCCACGCGGUGUCGCUGGAGGCGCUGUACACUGCGCGCGUGCCGCCGCUCUGCAACGGGCUGGUGCGCCCCACGCACAACGUCGCCACUGUCGACCUCGCCGCUGUCGUCAUCGAGGGCAUCAGCCGAUGCCGCAACGCGCUGCUGAACGGCGACACGGAGCACUACGACUGGGAGCAGGGCUACACCUGCCACCAGCUCGGCUCCGGCGCCAUCGUGGUGCAGCUCGCGCAGCCCUACAUGCUCUCCUCCUUGCGCCUGCUGCUGUGGGACUGCGAUUACCGCCACUACUCCUACUACGUCGAGACCUCCGUCAACUACUGGCACUGGGACAUGGUCGCCGACCGCACGCGCGACCACUGCAGGUCGUGGCAGGUGAUCUACUUCAGUCCGCGGCCAGUCUCCGUCAUCCGUAUUGUCGGCACUCACAACUCUGUCAAUGAGGUGUUCCACCUGGUGCACCUGGAGUGUCCGGCGCAGGUGGAAGAGCCGCGUGAGGAGGCCGCCAACGGCAAGAAGCCUCGCUCCGACCGCGCCCUGCCUGCUCGUGCCGGCAGCAGCGUGAGCCCGGAGCGCGUGAGGGCGGCGUCCCCCACCGGGUCUGCGGAGUCCGCGGGCUCCACCAGCUCGGCGGGGUCGAGGGGCUCGCGGCGCAGCGUGCCUCCCGCAGAGACUGCCAAGGAGGCCGCCGAGACUUACGACGAGUGAGACAGCGCUCGCCGCGCGCACUGCCACUGCGUCUGACACGCUAUGACACACUCAUGACACCAGGAAAUGGUCCUCCGUCAUAGUAUGUCAGUCACCAAUCUGGAUAAUGUGACUAAGUGUAUGUGAUUAUAAAAAUCUCUUUUUUUCAGAUGUGGUUACGAAUUAAAUGCCGAUUUUUUUUGUAUCGACAUGACUGAAAUAUUUACGAAAGCGAAAUUUUACAAUAAAUUACAGUUCCAUUGAAUGUGCGAAUAUAAAAAGAAUAUUUAAAAUACAUAGGUAAGUAUUAUUUUUUAAUAGAAAUGUCUCUUGUGUUCAAACAACUUAAAAUAUAUUUGUUGCUUGUAACCUUAAAAAUCACUAUUUGUGUGUAUAUUUGAAAAAGUCUUGUUUUGUCAUUUUUGUUGUGUGAACAUAAAAUAGGAUUAAGUUUAAUUUUUAUCGCAACGACAUCUUUUUUUUAAGUUAUUUAGUGUGUAGUCUGUACCUUCUAGUCUCGCUUUGAUGUUUUAAAUUAUUUUUCUAGAGAUUUCCACUUUGUUGACGGAUUACAUUGUAAUUCGUAAACUUAUUUGUAUACAUCUUCUAAAAUAAAACAGCCAUACUUUUUAAAUGCCUAUUAUUCUGAUUUCUGGAAUGUAACGUAGUUUGCCUGAAAUUUUAAAAUAUUUAUUUUAAAGUUAUAAACAUUAAAUUCAAACUCGUACUGCCAGUCAAUAAUUUAAUAUUGACUUAAUCGGUGUGGAUGUUUUAUACAAGGUCUUGAGUAUUGUCUUAAUGAUUAACUGCACUGAGUAAGUAAAUCCACACAGGCCUAGAAAAUUUUAUUUCUCAAUGAUGUUCUACAGUAUAUUUCAAUUUGUCAAAUCAGUAUGAUUCCGUUGUAGUUUUGGUAGAUUUUGUUUAUCUAGAUUCACAGCAUAUGUUGUAAGCUUUAUUAAGCUAAGCAAUAUUUUCAUAGAAACUUUCAUUUGAAACUUGUAAUUGUGUGUGGCCUAAUUAUUUGAUUGUUAUAAUAUUUAGGUUAUAAGUUUAAUUUAUGUUAAAUAAUGUAUGUAUUUGAUAAGACGUUAAAUCAUACAAUUACAUAUUCACUGAUCUAUGAACAGGUUGUUGCUUGGCAAUUUUCAUUGCGUCUUAAACAUGCAAUUUGAUGUUACUGACAAAUAAAUAUACAACUAGUUAGCGCUAAAAUGUUGAAAAUCAAAUAGGCACAAAAUACCACAGCUUACAGCCUGUCCAUGUAUAAAGGUCAGUGAGAAUAAACCAAUAUUGUUUAUGGAUUUCCAUAUCAUAUAAUUCAGGGCAUACAAUGUUUUGAAUAUUGGGAUGGAGAAGCAGAGAUUAUAAAUUUUAAUUUUAUGUUCGAUAUGAUAUAGAUCUUAUAUUUAUGUAGAUUAGGUUUAUUUUAUAAGU